ACUUGUUUCGGGUAACACAUGUAAGGGCCAGUGCACAAAGGAGGCAAAACAAACCCUGAGUAUAAAACACGAAACUUGUGUCUUUCAUACCUCUCAACUUAUACGUUUUCCGAUCAUUUCAAAUUGUAUACGCCGAAUAAUAACUUUUGUACGGAAAAAAGAAAGUUUUUUUGUUUUUGCGUCACUUUAUUUCCGUUUUGGUAUAUUUCGAAGUCAGGCAUUUCUGUUGUAAUCGAAGAAUCAACCAGUUCUAAUCGUGAAAGUAAGCAUGGAAGGACCGGCAAGGAGGAAGAGAAGAACUCAAGGAUCGGGUCGACACCAAAAACAAUGGGAGUCUCUCCAAGGUGAAUAAGAUGGAUGGAUUAAAUCGUCAACAAAAGGUCCCCACAGUUGUCGUUCUGCGUUCCGUGUAAAAAGGAUGUAAAAGUUGCUGCUAGUGGAUUUUACGAUAUGAAGAGCCAUUUUAAAACUGCCGUGCACGUGGAAAAUGUCGCGAAAAGCAAAUCGCACGUCUUGUUGACCAAGCACUUCGUCUCCACUGCCGAUCCAGCGGCAUCCCACAACGUUGCGUUCACGGGAGAAGGUGCAUUGCGAAGUCACAGGACGAGAAGGAGAAUUUAACAGUUUCUAACUUCUCUCGUGGGAGAGUUGACUCUGAAGCCAUCCCAGGGGGAACCUCGUCAGACUCCGUUCUCCCGGGCCUCUCCGUCCUCUCAUAUCAACUCCCUUCAGACGUUGCAACCGAGCCCCCUGUAAUUAAAGAUGAGGAAGUACUGUUGACUUUCACGGAGAACGAACCAGAGAGGCCUGCGGAAUUACAAGUCCAAGUACAGGUGACCGACCAGCAACCGGAAAAAAACUCCUCCAGCCUCCGCAGUACAUCCUGACAAAUCGGCGGUUACAGAUUAAUACAGCGCCCACCUCCUCAAAAAGAUCGACAAAGAAAUGAAGUACUUGGAUCUGCAAAUGAGAAAAGCCAACCUGGAAAUUCAACAACUGGAGCGCCAGUUGAGGAACUCCAAAGCUCCGUCGUGUGGGAUGGAGAGCGUUGGUGCAGAGCCAGUUUCAGUUCAUUCCUCUUGGGUGUACGUUUCGCACGGACAUGUUGUGGGCAAGCACCGAAAAGCCCGGGUUGCAGCCUUCGCGUGGAGGACAAGAUGGGGAGACAGGCGAGCAACUGAACUUGUAACGCUUUGUCAAAUGUGGAGGAGAUUACUUCUGAGCGGUCUCUCUCGUGAGAGGACCCUAAGACACUUUCCGUCGACAUUCGUGGGCCUCCUUACUCGUAGCAGAGCUCCUCGGGCUUUGUGGGCUCUCACCUUAAUGUCCAGGGGGUACAAAAAAGAUGCCAAAUCUACAUCGGACUUCCCCGUCAGUGCCGUCACGCUCGCCGACAUUAAACAGUACCUACGCUCCAAGGACAUUCCCUUCCACGACGGCUUCAGCUGCCUGCACGUACCCAGCGUCUUUGUGGACGGCGCCUCCAGGGCGGAGCGUUUCUCCUUGUUCGUGGACAAGACCACGGGGCAGUUCCUGUGCAUGGACACGCAGGUGGAGGGGAGCUGGGAGGACCUCCAGGACUGCCUCGAGGUGAUGGGGCCAGAGGAGCGGGAUUUUCUCAGCCCGCGAGUGCUGCUGGGAUAUCAGGAGAGUGUUGAGGAGCAGGAGCAGGGCGAGAGGGACGCCAGGGAGGUGAGGAGCAUCUGGGCCGCCUCGGUGCCCUUCUCGGACCUGACGGAGGACGAGGCCCAGCUCAUCAAAACGAUGUUCCAGAUGACCAAGAUCUCUAAUGCGACACUGAAGAGGUUCGGCGUGAGGCUCUUCAAGCCCACCAAGAGUCUGGUUUUCCCCUGGUUGGGGUGUCCUGACUCCUCUUUGAAGGGACUGAAACUCCUCUCGGUGCAAAGCACCGCCGACGGCACCGUGAGUUACACCGAGGCGACAAUCCCCAAGUGCACCUCCUACAACAACCUCUUCGGCCUCCCCCUGCUGAGCCGCAUGGACGCCGAGGUGGUCCUGACGGGCCGUGAGCUGGACACGUUGGCCGUAAGCCAGGCCACGGGUCUGGCCAGCGUGGCCCUCCCGCGGGGCGUGGGCUGCCUGCCGCCUGGCCUGCUUCCUUACCUGGAGCACUUCAAGCGGGUCACGCUGUGGCUCGGGGGCGACGUGCGCUCCUGGGAGGCGUCCAAGAUCUUCUCGCGCAAGCUGGGCCUGCGGCGCUGCCGGCUGGUGCGGCCCGGGGAGUACCAGCCCAGUCCCGGGGAGGCCCUGGCGCAGGGCAAGAACCUGAGCCGCGUCGUGGCUGCCGCCAUCCCCGCCGCACACAAGUCCAUCGUGUCCUUCAAGCAGCUCCGCGAGGAUGUGUACGGGGAGAUGGUGAACACGGAGCAGGUGGCCGGUGUCAAGUGGUCCCGCUUUCCCGAGCUCAACAGGAUCCUGAAGGGACACCGCAAGGGAGAGCUCACUGUUUUCACAGGUCCCACCGGAAGCGGGAAGACCACCUUCAUCAGCGAGCUGGCCCUGGACCUCUGCGUGCAGGGCGUCAACACGCUGUGGGGCAGCUUCGAAAUCAACAACGUGCGCCUGGCCAAGAUCAUGCUGACGCAGUUCGCCAUGCAGCGGCUGGAGGAGAACCUGGAGCAGUACGACUUCUGGGCGGACAAGUUCGAGGAGCUGCCGCUUUACUUCAUGACCUUCCACGGCCAGCAGAACAUCAAGUCCGUGCUGGACACCAUGCAGCACGCCGUCUACCUCUACGACAUCAACCACGUGGUCAUCGACAACCUGCAGUUCAUGAUGGGGCAGGAGAACCUCUCGGUCGACAAGUUCGCCGUCCAGGACCACAUCAUCGGCGCAUUCCGGAAGUUCGCCACCAACUCCUGCUGCCACGUCACGCUCAUCAUUCACCCCAGGAAGGAGGAGGAUGACAAGGAGCUGCAGACGGCCUCCAUAUUUGGCUCGGCAAAGGCCAGCCAAGAGGCGGACAACGUGCUCAUCCUGCAGGAGAAGAAGUUGGUGACGUGCCCGGGCCGCCGCUCGCUGCAGGUGACCAAGAACCGCUUCGACGGGGACGUGGGCGUCUUCCCGCUCGACUUCAUCAAGACCUCGCUCACCUUCUCGACGCCCGUCAAGAGCAAACACAAGCUGAGGAAGGUGGCCGCCAAGCCCGGGGACAACGAGGGCGACGAGGCGCUGCCGAAGAAGGAUCCCGCCAAGCGAGAGAAGACGGAGAAACAGCAAGGCAAAACGGCAAAGUCCACACGAGCUGCUAAAAAUCCUGCAUCAGGAGGUCAAUGAAUACUCAUUGGCAUAGUUCCUCUUGUAGCAUCUCUGGGACAUGCUUUACUUACAAAUACUUCUUUACAUUAUUACAAUCACCAUGUGACAACUACUACUGUGACAUUUUAUACACUGACAGACUUGCACGUAUUUUUAAUAAAAUAUUUCC